CCCUUCCCUCCUGCUGACCUGCAGUGAGGUGCCCCCCCUGCUGAGGCAGGGCCAUUGGCUACUCCAGCUCCCAGGCUGUGCCACGUGCCCUUGAGGGCAUCACGAGGAGCUAAGCCUGCUGUUUCAUGCCCUUCACAUGGGGUUUGCAGCUGAAAGGUGCUUGCUUUCCUCCUUGUGCUGUCCUCAUUGCUCUGCUGGUGCUUGGGCUCACAAGUGCUUGUCCUGGCUGAGGAAUGAGGCCUGAGCCCCACAGACUGAUGCAGCCUGGACUUGGGUCACCUGGAAAUGGUGGUGACAGAGGAGCUGGAGGAUGCCCAGGGCUGAGGAAAGCAUCUGCAUGGCUGAGGCUGAGCUGGUCACUGACAGCUUCUGCAAGUAACCAGCUAGUUCAAUAAAAUGCUGCUAUGGUUCUGUACUGGUUAAUAAGAGUGAUGCUUAAUCCAGCCACUGCAUAAGGCCAUGUGUCAAGGCAGAUGCUUUUUACCAGCAGUAACUCCCUUUCUGAAACUAAAAGACUGGACAGUUGAGCUGAUCCCAUGCAAAGGUAAUUCACUGCAAACUACAUUUCAGACAACUGCCCACUGAUUCCUGCUGUGCAGGCUUGGGGGUGUGCUGUUCUUCCCAAUGGGGGGACCAGGAGAGCAAAUGGGGAAGGCUGGAGUUGGGGGACCACAGCCCAGCACUCCAGAUCUGGGGCUGCCAGGCAGGGAUGUGCAGUUUGUUUGCCAUGGAGUUUGCCUUCUGUCAGUAAAAUACAGAUAGGAACAUGUGUGAGAAGCUUUUAGUAUGAACAUUCCUGAUGUUCAGCAGCAAUGUGGCUGGUGACUUGCUUGACUCGUGGAUUUCCUUUGAGCAUCCUCAGGUACUACUUUGUCAAUAGAAUCAUAGAAUGGUUUGUGUUGGAAGGGACCUUAAAGCCCAUCCAGGCUGGAUGCCAUUAGGAUGCAGAAACUUGCUGAGUUAUGUAGCAAUCACCUAAAGGAAGGAAAAGAAGGCAAGAUGCUUGUUAAACUAACAUUACAAAUGCUUCUGGUUUACAUGUUUUUAAAGACACCUGGUACAAGCCAACUGCUGAGGGCGAGAAGUCCAUUACAGGGAUUAUUGGCCACCUGUAACAUCUUUGUGACAGGCAGAAAGUGAAACUGACUCCAGAUGGGAGCGAUACAGGGAGGAAGGUAAAAACCUUAAUAUGCUGAAUACUAGAAGAGUGAAUUUAAAUUCAUCUAAUGUCUGUAAUCUCUGUUAUUAGCUGUAAUCUGCUUCCGAGAAGCACACAGACUUGCCUUUCUUUUUUUCCUUCCUCUUCGCAGAACUGCAUUAAUAAGAACAGAGUGUUUCUCCUGACCUCUGCAUUUAGACUCUGAGCUCCCAAGAGCACCACUUUCUCUUCUGUAUUUCUGGACAGCAUCUGCAGGUAGUGAAAAGCUGCCACAAGUAAAUAGCAAUGCUGGAAGCAUGUUACUGCAGUCCCAGGUCACUCAGCAAGGCUCUAAUGCUGCCUGCUGCUUACUGGAGAGUGGAACUAGGGCUACAGUUACUGAGUGUAUGGGUGUUUUUAGGAUGGUCUUAAACCUGUGUGUUGCCGAAGUGGUUCUCAGCAGGGUGAUCCCAGGAGGAAACUGGGAGAGGGUUUGGAUGCUGUGGGUUUGGAUAUAUACAUCUUUCUGGGGGUGUACUGCAGGGGAGAUAAAAAUGCAGUGGUAUGGAUGAACUUGGUGCAGUAUUGUUAGCUGGAUUGUGGAGACAGAGGUGAGGCUGGCCUUAGGGCUGUGAUUUGAGCCUUCAGUGUGGGGAGAGAGUGCUGUGGCCCAGCAGCAGCAUCCAGCACCUCCGGGUGGGAGGUUCUCACAGCUGACCCCGUGCGUCUCCGUGUUCCGAGGGGCAGAGCCCGUGCACACAACUUUGCUUUGGUUCCUGCACGGAUGUGAUGUUGCUCAUCCUGGAGAUUCAGGCAACCAAAACAAGAGAGAGAAUUAAAGCAUGAGAUCUGCUUGCUCCUGACCUGAAUCCCCUAAUCGCAGCCUGGCGUAAGUGAAGGUCUUAGGCUGGGUUGAGUAGAGGGCAUCUCCACACAAGAAAAUGUCUAUCUGCCCUCCCUGUCCCAGAAUUAGAGCUACCUCGUGAUGAAAUAUGGUUGUAAGGGUUAAACCUGCCUUGUGCUGGACCUGCUGUGUGUGACCCUGCUUCCCCUGCUGCAGGCACCCCGGUGAGGAUAGGUGAGUGCUCCCGGAGCUCCCUGUCCCCAGGACAGCUCCCCUGGGUGCCAGGAGCACGUCCCGGUUGCUGAAAAGUGCCUUUCCUGAAGCCGCCGCUGCUUGGAUCGCUGCCUCGGGCUGCCUCCCUCUGCCCCGCGCCCCCCGCUCUGUUUAACCGGCGUCGCUUGCGGUCCGUGCCCCGACGGCAGCUCCUCCAGCCUCCCCGCGGGUUUCGGUUCUGCUCCACAUUUACACGCAGUUUGCUCAGCCAUUUUAAUUCGAUUUUAGUUUUUUCCUUCCCCCGAGUAUGUAGCAAAUAUUUAAAAGAAAGAGGAAAAACAAAACCAGAAAGAAAUCAGACGUCUUUUUGCUCGUUUUGAUGCUCGCGAACCGUAAUUUUUAGAAGCAAGAAAUAGAAGGAAAAAAAAAACCCCAGAAAACGAAGUUUUCUCCCCAAGGACCGAGACCAUUCCACAAACUGAAGUGCUGCCAACAGCAUAUGCUUUUUGCAAGAAUAAUUGAAACCAUUAACUGGAGAGCACAGAAUCCUUUUGAAAGUCUGCCAGUUAUUUGCAAGUAACUCCGGCAGUGGCACAAAAUAUAACACUUGUAUUUUAACUUCUACAAUUGCACUUUUAGGAGCUGGCCUCUCAUUUGAUUUUCAGUUGUUCUGAUAAGAUUUCUAUUUUAUGAUUGGCUUUAUGUUUAAUCCUUGUUUCGAGAAACACGAUUUGACUUAAAUGAAAACCUAAGUGCUGAUGAAUAGGAGUUCUACCAAAGCAACAAGUUAGUUAUUUCUUCACGUUUAACUUGAAUUCACUUUUUUACCCUUUUUUUAAACAAACAAGAAGAAACUAAAGCGGCUCAGCAGUAACUGUUGCCCUGAGGAGGGUGCCCUCGCUUGCUUGGUCAUUUUUGGUUUUUUACUAUGGCUGUAAACGUUUCCCUGGUGCGGGAUACGAAAUGGCUGACGUUAGAAGUGUGUCGGGAGUUUCAGAGAGGAACUUGUUCUCGGUCUGAUGCAGAGUGCAAGUUCGCCCAUCCGUCACGGAGUUGCCAUGUGGAAAACGGUCGAGUUAUUGCCUGCUUUGACUCCCUAAAGGGCCGGUGUACCCGAGAGAACUGCAAAUAUCUCCAUCCUCCCCCCCACUUAAAAACACAGCUCGAGAUAAACGGCCGCAACAACCUGAUCCAGCAGAAGACAGCCGCAGCCAUGUUCGCUCAGCAGAUGCAGUUCAUGCUUCCAGGUGCCCAGCUACAGCCCAUUACAACUUUUCCUGUGACUCCAUCGCUUGCAACAAGCCCCACGAUGGCUUUUAGUCCCUACCUGAGUCAUGUUUCUCCUGGGAUGGGCUUGGUUCCUGCAGAGCUGUUACCAAAUACUCCUGUCCUGGUUUCUGGAAAUCCUACUGUUACAGUACCAGGAGGCUCUGCUGGGCAGAAACUGAUGCGUACGGAUAAACUGGAGGUUUGUCGGGAGUUCCAGCGUGGGAAUUGCACGCGUGGUGAGAACGAUUGCCGCUACGCUCACCCCAUCGAUAUCGCAAUGAUAGACACAAACGAAAACACUGUUACAGUCUGCAUGGAUUACAUCAAAGGUCGAUGCUCUAGGGAGAAAUGCAAGUACUUUCAUCCCCCUGCACACCUGCAAGCCAAAAUCAAGGCAGCUCAACACCAGGUGAACCAGACAGCUGCAGCUGCAAUGGCCCUGCCGCCUGGUGCACUUCAACCUUUACCAAAGAGGCCAGCACUUGAAAAAAACAAUGGUGCCACCACAGUCUUUAACCCAAGCGUUUUCCACUACCAACAGGCUCUAGCCAACAUGCAGUUGCAACAGCCUGCAUUCAUCCCUACAGGGUCAGUUCUGUGCAUGACACCCACUGCAAGCGUUGUGCCCAUGAUGCACGGUGCUACGCCCACCACUGUGUCUGCAGCAACAACUCCUGCCACCAGCGUCCCCUUCGCUGCAACAGCUACCGCCAAUCAGAUAUCCCAGUUAUCAGUAGAUGAACUGAGUAGCAGCAUGUUUGUUUCACAGAUGUAGAAGUUCCCGAUAGAACACAGAUCAUGUUGAAAUUCUGAACAGUAAAAUUAUGGAGCACCAGGACUUCUUGGUGGGAAGCUGCGCAUGGCCUUUCUGUAUAUAUCCCCUCUUCCCUCUCUCGUUCUCUACCACCUCUACAGUAAGCCUGUUGCAGCCUACAUGUUAACCAAAAACUGAGCAAUGGGAAUGUCAAAAAAAAAAUGAAAAGACAAAAAAAAAGCACUAUAGAAACACUUAACAAACAGCGCUCUGAUAUACGAGAUAUACAAGUAGGAAAUUAUAAUAGACUUUUGUAACACAUAACUUUAACACACUUAAUCAUUUUCUGACUACCAUCCUGAGAAGUGCAGCUGCACAGUGGACUGUUGGUUUACUGUAUACUAUCGAUGGAUAAAUGUUUGUCUUGUUUUUAAAGUGUUAUCUUCCUGUUUUGUUUACAUCAUAGUCUAUUGAUUUGUUUGAAAGUGUACAUCAUUAUCAAGUAUACUCAAUACCAUUUUUUCAUUAUUGUUAUGUCUUAAGUUUUCAUAUACUGUAGGUUUUAUGGGGUUUUGUUUGGUUGGUUGUUUUGGUUUUUUUUACUAAAAAUGUUAUUGUGGGAAACAGGAAUUACGUGCUGGAAAAACACGACACAGGAAUGUUCUGCCCUUUGCUGGAGUUUGCUGUUAGUGUCAGCUAAAGAUGCUCAUGUUAAAUGCUCCUUCUAGCAUUUAAAAUUUGCCUUCAGAUAGAGCGUCCAAACUUGUAGUGCAAGGGAUAUGAAAGGACAGCUGUCAUUUUAGUCCAGUUCAGGGUAUUUCUUUCAAUACAAUGAGCUGAUUCUGGAAACUUUUGGGGGAAACCCACACGUAAAAUCCCAGGGUCAGUAAGGUUCGGGAAUGAUCCGCUCGGAUGGUGGUAAGCGUCAAGGGAUUUCUGCAGUUCUGUUGUCCAUGGAAGUGCAUUCUUAGCUGCAAACGGCGCACAAUCUCUCAUGGUGCAGUCAAAACAAAACUAAGAGGUGUGAGGUGAGACAGCUUCAGUUGGGCAAAGACUCGUAGUGAUGGAGAGGAGCUGGAGCGGGCCAUAGCCGUGACUUAGCCAAAGCUGGGUAAUACCGUGCCCAGUGGCUUGUCUUCACUGAGCAUGCUGAAACAUUUCAGCCUGAAAACUCGGGUGGCUCUCCUUGAAAUGUCAUCAGCGUGCACCAGUUAUUUAGUCACCAUUUUCCAUAAGUGGGUGAUUUUUUUCCCUGUGAUCUCUGGCCCUCUAAAGCAAACACAGCAGUGACAAAGCAGGAAAAAACUCAGCAUAAGCUUCCUGCAUAGAUAAAUAUUCAUCUUAAUGGAGCUCCUGUAGGUCAAUGGAUUUAUUUUGGCACCUUCUACUUGAUCAAGAGCAAUGUUUGCCUCACAACAAGGGCUAGUUCUCAAUACCUCCUGUUCUGACACAUGAAUAAACUGAUUUCCAGCCCGUGCACCCUGGACAGCCCAGCCUGUUACACUGUAUUGCUGAACAAUCUGGCUGCAGAAUGCAUUUUGGUUGAGGAUACAACCAAAUUCAUCCCUGUCAUAGCUCUACCAUAUCAUUGGCAUUAUGGAAGAGAUGGAUUUGCUGCUGUAAAUCCACAAACUCCAUACAAGGAGAAAGAAAAUGGUGAUUGAAACCAAGCAAGAGGCCAGCUCCCAGCAUCCGGAGGGCUGGCCAGCCCAAGCUCAUGGUGGUCCUGUGGGGUGCCAAAUUCUGUCAACCAGGUUUUCUUUUCUUUUCCAAGUUCCUUGGCCUUGGUUAGAGCCUUUCCUUGCCCCCUUUCCUUCAGUGUGAGCACAGAUAGUUUGCUAGAUGUGUAUCUCCAUGGACCACAAGUGAUGGAGGGGCGUCUAGGGCACAGCCAGUGUGUCCCAGAGCAGGCUCUGACCAUCUGCCCAUGGAAAGCCAUUCAUAGCAGGAACUUUUGAAGAGCCCAGCUCAAAAAGGCCUUCAGCAGGCUUUGAAGCAAACCCUGAGAGAGGGGAAAAACCAUCCCCACCCAAGAGCUCCUUUAUGAACCCCCCGUUUGGACAGUCACUUGUCCAUAACUGUUCCCCUGCCAUCAGCGUCCACAAGCAGCAGCGUUGUCUGAAAUCAGUGGCUCCCCUUUGUGUUGGCGACCACAUCCCUGUUCUUUUCACCACUGAGUUUCUGUUUCCCAAAAAACCAUAACAUUGUUAGUGGAAAAAGUGGAUUUGAGUACUUCCUGUUUGAAAUUAUUUGUGUAUCAAAAAAAUGGGUUUUGCACAACCUGUGCCAGUGCCUCAACAAAGAACAGAACUGAUCUUCUUAAGCCAGAAAGGAUGCAUUCAAGCUUGUAUGGCUUUAUGAGUUCAAGGAGGUUGGAAUUUUUUCAGUGCUAAAAGGAUUUUUGUAUAUCUUGACACUUUGAUGUAACCUCCUCUUUUAUUUAUCGACUUCAACAUCUGGCAUAGAUGUGCAUAGAAUGUAAACCUAGAAUACAGCUGUUUUCCUGACACAUUUAAAGCACUGAAAAAAAAAGAAAGAAAAGUGUUUAAGGAUUAUUUUUUAUUAAAGAGGUCCAAUGAGGGAUGUUCAGGGUAGUUAUUAGGUGCCACAACAGUUUUUAUAUUGCUGGCAAAUUUAGAGUUAAUUUGUAAAUGAGUUUAAGGAAAGAAAAGCUUGAAGCACUAAACUUCACCAAAUUCAAAACAAUCUCGGCAAAAAUGCCACUUUGAGGUAGCACUAUUUAAACUAGUUGUGCAAUGAACUUGCUCUAAUUUUCUUUGUUCAAGAAAGAAAAGAAAAACCAGUCGCCAGACUAUAAAUUUCCUAAAUAGACUAUUACAAAGUCACCGAGCUAGUUAGUGACUCUAAACAAAUGUCAUAAAAGCAUGAAUAUCAUCCUUUAUUUGACAAGAGAUGUAUGUAAGUUUGUUUAAAUCGAUAUAAUUUUAGUGACAUUUUUAUAAGCUUCCCACUUUCCAUGAACCUAUAUUUUUUAUUUAUCCAAAGUGAUUUCUCUUUGUCCAUUUCUCUCAGCCUUAUGCAAACAAUAUGCAAGAAAUGCUGAAACUUGGAUAAAACGGGUCAUGCAGAGGGAAAAUGAAAGCUGAGAUGGAUCAUUUUCACGGGAAAAGGUUGUUAGUAGUUUCAAUACAAAGUACUGCUACUAAACUGUAACAUAAGCAGACAAUAAAAGAGGGAUUUAAAAUAAAAUGGAUUCAUAAAACUAUUAAGAUUAUUUUUGUUAAAUACAGUGCUUUUAGUAAUUUGGAACAUGGUUUCACAAUCAGCCCUUGGGGGGUUUUUUUGAGUUGGAGAUUUCGAGCUGAUGAUUUUUGGACUGUGUAUUUUUGCAUCGCAACGUUGUAGAAGCCGUCACGUCCCCGGCCAGGCCCCUUCCCGAGCCCUCCGCAGCACCGGGUCCUCUCUUGCCGGCCCAUCCUCGCCGUCUCCCACCACGCUCGGAGUGUUCCCCAACGGAAGCACCCCAGAUCCCGGCGUUGGGGCCCUCCCGGAUGCCGAUGGCCGGCGCUGGAUGUGGGUAUGUGUGUGGUGGAUGCAGCUGGCCGGAGGAGGAGGCGCGUGUGCCUGCUGCGUUGUCCUCUCCUCCCUGGGGUGGGAGAGCAGCUCUAGGGCACGCGGGUCGCGGCCGUUGGGAAACUGGAGUCCUCCUUUGCUUUCUCCCUUGUACAUUUCACAGACAUGGAAAUUGAAAAAGGUGAAAUUUAUGAGGAAAAUGGAAUUUCCCAUUCCUGUUGAAUGGAUUUAGUUUGAUAUUGACCUGAUUUUACCAUGUGCCUGUUGAAGGCCUUAGAGUAUAUACUGUAUGUUAAAGACUGUAAUAACUUUAAAGAAAAUAGUUGAUAGCCUAAUCCAAAUGUAAAUAGAGCUACACCACAUUGUUACUAGGCUACGAUGCAUUCGUUCAUUCCUUCAUGUCAUCUCUCUUCAUUUCUCUGCCAUUAGUUUUUAAGGUUUUCGUUAUUGCUCUUUUUUUUUUUUUUUUGAUAUCUUUAGUAACUAAUGAAUUUAAUUUUGAAGGAGAGGUAGAGAAAGUUUAAGAUUUUUAAGACAUGUAUUCAGCCCAUUUAGUUCUAUCCUAAACCCACACUGAAGCAUGGUAAGGUAUAGAAUACAGUCCAUAACUAGUUUGUAUAGUUUACAGUUUAAGAACAAAAUUAACUUUGUAUGUAACUCCUACAAUGAUAGAUUCAUUGUUAACUAAUUAUAUUAAGUUGUUGUUGCUAUGGCAACAAAACUACAACAUGGCUACCUUUGUAUACAUUAUUUGUGAGAUUUUCACAUGUAAAUGAAAAGUGAUGUGUAACAGUAUGAGCUUGUUCAAGGUACAGUUCGAUACUGUCAGAGAAAGAGAUGAUUGAAUAUUUUUAAAAUCCCAAAGUCCCAUGUGAACGCUGAAUCUGUGGCUCGAAGGUCACUCUUUCAGUCCAGAAGUUUACAACACAUGGAUUUAGAGUCAGGUUUUAUAGCUUGUAGAAAUUGUUGUGUGGCAAGGGUUAUUCCACAGUAUUUUCACUUCCAAAAACCACCACAGCCUGGAUUUACCACAUAGGGACCGGUCUUUGCUUUCAUUUCAGCUCCAUUCACACGGUGGCAACUCCGAGUUAAUCCGUUUCAGUACUGUAGCUCCGCCUGCAAUCUUCCUCUCUCCAGAAUCUGAGCACUCGCACGAUACGUUACGAUCAGGGCUAAAGAAUUAAGCAUAUAACUAUUUUAAUACUAAUUUAUAUUAGCAAAAACUGUACAUAAGAAAACCAAAAUAUUGUGGAAUGACCCCGUAACAGUGUUGAAGAUACCAAUAUGCUGCAGUUAAACUGAUUCAGUUCGUGUACGAAUGUGUGAGACACACCUUUUUUGCACUUAUGUACAUAGUCCACGAAAGAAAUCCUUGGAACUUAUUUUGAAUAUAAAAAGUCUGUAAUAAUACAGGAAAAGUUUGUAAAAGAGAUAGGUAUUACUAAGGCUUUGAAAAGGAGGAGUUUUUUGCUAUAAAACUUAUCUGAAAGCAUGAUGUUGCUUUGCUGUUGUAAAAGCUUUGUAGUUUGCCAUAGCUUAUUAUACAGCAGACUGCUACCAGGUCAGCUCCAACCUGCAGCACAGAGAAAUGGGAAACAGUGCUUAAUUAAAUAGUAAGGUCACUAGCAAAGAUUUGAAUUCCUCUUUUCAUCAGCCUACAUUCCCAAACACACCCCAGGUCGUGCUUCUGAUGGGUUGUGAUGGGUGAAUCCUAUUAGGACUGGUAGGACCGUGGUGGCACACAAGCCUUUUUCCUAGCGCCUAAUCCCGUUUCUAGUGGAAGUGUUUAUCUGUUAGAGGUGACUGUCACUGCAGAGAGUUUUAAAGCCCAGAGGGAGUUUGAAAUGUGACAACUUACUGAUUUAUUUCUUCAUUUUUUACCUUUAUGGGGCAAGGUCACAAAUUGGAAGGGGCUGAUGAGCUGUGGAUGGACAGGGGUGGCUGUGGAUGGUCUUGGGCCACUUUCCUCUGCUGUGCAACAGCAGUGGUGUGUGUUUGGGAGCACCAUGUGGCGGUGCUGCCAGAUGGGUGUUGGGGCAGGGAGGUGGAGGCUGAUGGUGGCAUCGGGGCCAGAUUCAUGCUUGAAGGUUGAGAAGCCCUGUAGAGUUGCCACCAAAGGAAAGCGCAGCCGUGGUCCCCCAGCUUUGCUAAGCAGCCUCUUGGUUCCCUUUCCACUGUGUUGUGGUACUGCCGGGGCUCUGCAGUACCGGGGGAUUGUGGAGGAGCUGAAGUGCCUGUUUUGACCCAUUUCUUUUUAUUGGAACAAGUAUGCUCCAGCAGGCUGGAGCAGCUCUGCUCUGGAGCCAGGCUGAGAGAGCUGGGCUGGGGCAGCCUGGAGAAGAGAAGGCUCCUGAAGGGGAGACCUUAGAGCAGCUCCAGAGCCUAAAGGGGCUCCAGGAAACCUGGAGAGGGGCUUUGGACAAGGGCCUGUAGGGACAGGACAAGGGGAAUGGCUUUAACCUGCCAGAGGGGAGAUUGAGAUGAGCUCUGAGGCAGAAGCUCUUCCCUGUGAGGGUGCUGAGGCGCUGGCACAGGGUGCCCAGAGAACCUGUGGCUGCCCCAUCCCUGGCAGUGUUCAAGGCCAGGUUGGACACAGGGGCUUGGAGCAACCUGCUCUAGUGGAAGGUGUCCCUGCCCGUGGCAGGGGGUUGGAACUGGAUGAGCUUUAAGGUCCCUUCCAACCCAAACCAGGCUGGGGUUCUGUGAUUUCUUCUGCAAAACCCAAGCCCUGUUGCAGGGUUGGGGCUGAGGUGUCACUGCCAAGAGCUGCUCUUUGGCCACCACUGCUGGCAUCUCGGAGCUUCCAACUCCUCGUCAUGUCAGCAAGUGCCCAACUAGCCCACAUGGCAGCAGGGGGUUGGUUAAGACGGGGCUGCUGAAUCGGAGCCAUAGUGUCAUAUGGUCCCAGUGUCUUUAUGGCAGGAAAUCAGAUGUUGCUUUUCUUCAUGGGUGUUAUAAUAACCUAGAUUUUAACACAAGAUAACCAGCUAAUUCUAAUCUCCAUGCUGCCAAGGCUUCCCUUUGCCAUAAUUGAUUUCCAUAACCAAGUUCUUUCUCAUUUCCAGGAUUAUGAGAGAAAAAUCCUUUGCACUAUGUGAAAUGAAUCGCAGGUGGUCAAACCUUUGCAUUGGGGAUGAGCAUGAUCAUGACAAAACACCUCUAAAAUCUUUGCUAGUGAUCUUUACUGACAUCCUGUAUCAUCAGAAAUAACUCUAUUUGCCUCUCAAAUGAGCUAUUUAAACAUGCAAAAAUAACACAACUAUUAAAUAAAAGGAAGUUAUUUUUCCAAACACACAACAGAGAGAAUUACCUGACACCGAAUUACAAGGUUCCAGUUCUUUAUUACUGUACACAGAUGCUAUUUGAUAGUGGUGGAAGCCAAAUGAUUUUGUUGCCAUGGCUUUUGUAUCCUAGCAGAUGAGGGGAUGAUAAGACCAUUCACAGAUUGGAUUCUGGGAUUUUGUUGUUUUCUUUCCAAUUAGCUUUGCUUUAAUUCUAUCUUCAUUUAUAACCAUUCAAAUGAACCGAGACUCCCCACACUUUACUCUAUCACCUGACAACAGAUCGCUGGUUCUUUUCUUCUAGAGAAUUGUAUUUUAGGCAAUCAGUAAAAUCAAAGAAUGUUCUCCUAAAUUGUCCGUUUUGAAUUGCAAUAUAUAAAAGCAUUUAUACUGUGUAAAGUAGAUCUUGAAGUACAUUCUUUUCAUAGGCAUUUCUGGUAAAACCAAGUAAGGGAAACAUUAGCUAUCAAUUUAAUGGUAUAGUUUAGAGAAUAUAUACAAAUACUACAGUUAGCCCUGUGGAAUUGUAAGAAGUUAAAGUGUCCUCAGACCCAGGCGUAGGCUAAUGCAGUGUUCCAGUUCCAUAACACGAUAGUUCAUUCCCUCAACUGCUACAACAGGGUGUACGCUUUGAGUUUCUUUUUCUUUUGGCCACGUUAUAUUGCUGUAGUGCUUGUACGUGCUUUAGAACUGUGCAUAAUGCUACUCAUUUUAGUAUGUUACUUCUCUAUUGUUAUUGUUUUAUUUUUGGAUCUUUUAAUAAAGUGUAUAAAAUUCUUGGUUAUGUUUUUUAUGGAUCCAUAUCUACGCAUUAAUAGGAGUUUACUUUCAAAAACUUUUCCAGUUUAUUAGUCCCAAACUUCAAAGGUUCUGAUGUAAAAAAAAAAACAAAAGAAUUAAUAACUAAUGAAUUUGAUUCAAUGUUAUAUCAAAGUGUAGAACAACAGAAUAAAUUUCUUUCCAGAAAAAUACCUUCAGUAUUUUGGAUUCUGUAGCCGGUGCCGCCUCUUUGCCGGGCGCACUCGGCCUCUCCUAUGAGGUUACUAACACGAGAAAGACGUUUGUAUUUUAGAAAAAUAAAAAGUAAAACUUUCCA